AUGGCAUCUCUCGCGGAAGGUGUCGCCCAAGUCGCUUUCUUCCGGCCGAUAGCUGAAAAUAAUAUUCCUCAUUUGAAAAAACUUGUAAAUGAUAACGCUGAGUUUGACUUUAGUUCGGUGGUGGAAAGUGCUAGUGAGUGGUGGGCGGAGAAAGUUGUCGCUAUUACCGGAGUCCCACCUUCAAUUGGGAUCCAAGGUCUCCUGCAGGGUGGCAACACCAUUGAUGAGGAGGUCAUGACGCAACCGAUGCUGAAUGAAACAAUCGGCGUCCUCGUGCAAGUUUUAUCCGUAUAUCUCCACGGCGCCUGGAAUUUUACUUUUUGUGUCGGUGUGAGCCUCGGGCAUAUUGCCGCGAUUGUGGUCUCGAUGAGCGCGUCUCGUGAGGAGAUGUUGACAAACAUUCCCCGGGGUCUUGAUGUGCUGUACUUCAUCGUGCACGGCCUAAAAGAGGUCAAUUCUGGGAUUUCCUUAGCUGGAGUAAAAUGUAUGAUGUCGGUGAGCGGAAAACGUGGUUCAAAAAUUCUCAAUAAUACCAUUAAGCCAAUAUUACGCGAUUUCCGCAACGUAAGAGUCGGCGUGGUGUGGAGCCAAAACGGACUUCUUCUCUCUGGCAUGCCAGAAGAUCUGACAAUGAUUGAGGAGAUACUACUCAAAAAAAAGGUGAAAUUUCUCUACACCACCCGGAUACCCGUCAGUUUCCCCAUGCACAAUGAGGUGUACAACAAAGACCUCGUGAAGCUGGUGCACAAGCACAUAGACGCGCUUGACUGUUCACACUUCGCUUACAACGUUCCUAUUCUUGACUUGUCCACGGCGGAAAUGUUAGAGGGACUCGAGGGUGGUGCUCUGAUUAAGCGAAUCGUAGGACUGAUCUGCAGCGAGCCCAACCAUGUUCCCUACAUCGAAGACGGCGUCCCUGUUGGGAAGAGAUUAGCCAUCCUGGACUACGGAUGCGGAGGGAUGCGCGGUGGUGUGAUUGGGAUGAUCCAAGAUGCGAUGUCGAAUAUGGAAGAUGAUGAUUAUGAGCUCUACAACUACCACUUUGACGGAUGCAAGCAAAAUAUCCUCGCGCUCAAAACUUCUGCCUAA